AUGACUUCCGUUAUAAUUCGCUUGCAGAAUCUGCCGAUGACGGCGAAUGCAUCAAAUAUUCGUCGCUUUUUUGGUGGUUUGAAUAUCCCUGAGGGUGGCGUACACAUUGUCGGCGGUGAGAAAGGUGACGCGUUCAUAGCAUUUGCUACUGAUGAGGAUGCUCGGAAGGCGAUGCUUCUAGAUCACCAGUAUAUCAAUUCUGCUCAGAUUCGCUUGUUCCUCAGCAGUAAGGCAGAAAUGCAGUCUGUCAUAGAGACGGCUCGUUGUUCUGUCAUCAUGGCGUCUCAACAGGCUCCUCCUACUCAGGAAAAUGUUCAGAGGCUUCCUGGUCAGUAUAACUCCUCUCCGCACACUAUAUCGGCUCCUCCACAGUCUUACGCUCGUCCCUCUGGUCCGUCAAGCAUUGGUUCUGCCGGAGGACCGUAUAGUCAGGCACCUCAAACCUCUCGGCAGGUUCCUCCCGAAAAGGGUGUUGAAGCUCAUUCAGAUGGAGCAUAUAGUCAUGGCUUUGAUCGCUCUGACACAUGGGGUAAUGAUCACGACGGGAACCAAUCUGAGUUCACUAGCUACGGUAAGGAGCAGAACGGGCCACUGAGACCAACGGAGUCGCGAGAUGGUGAUGGGUUCUUAUCUCACCAUGAGGGUGGUAGCGAUAGAUACAGUGGAUACGGUGGAGGUUAUGAGGAUCGGCCGCCGCCACCGGCGGGAGACGGUUAUUAUGGCUAUGGCAACGGUUACGAGGGCAGUAUGCAGUACGGAGAACCGAACUACUAUCGCGAAAAUUGUCCCAUGUUUUCAAAUGGUGAACGCGACUUUUCAGUCAGGCCACCUUGGCUCAGGGAUGAGGAUCAUCAAUUUGGUAAAAGACCGGGUCCCCCUGAUUCCGGUAUUGACGUAGCUCCUCACAAGCGUCACCGACAGGAUGACAUUCAGGUUCAAAACUCAGAAGUGCCAUGUUUGGACUUCGUUGUGAAGAUUUCUAUGCGUCCUGCAGACGUUACGGUGAAAAGCGUUUUUGACUUCCUCCGUGGCGUGAACAUUGUUCCCAAGUUCGGCAUUCGAGUAGAGGAAGAUGCUCUAAAACGAUACACUGGGAAUGUUUAUUGCAUGCUCACAUGUCCUCAGUCGCACCAUCGGGCUCUGUCGUGCGAUGGUAAUGUAUUUCGUGGCGCUAAAGUUCAGGUGGUUAACUCCUCGGCUGAGGAAUACUUUAAGGUCACUGACAGCAACUUUCAAAGUAGGUGUCCUCCGGCUCUGCUCGAAAGAAUACCGCCAAGGGCCUCCAUAAAGCCAAAUUACUACAGCGAAGGUUGUAUCGAAAUCUCCGAGAUUCCGGAUGAUGCUACUGAGAGGGACAUUGUUAGCUUCUUGGGCGUACCGGGUCUCACCGAAGAGAAUGUUAAGAUCGUGCAGGGAGGACCUCGGGGGUCCUCUGUAGCGUUGGUUCAUCUGCCAUCUGCGCGCGAUUUGGAUAUCCUUCUAGGUGCACCGCCGCGUCCUUUUAGUCGAAAUCAGACACAAAACGUUAAGCUCAUGGCAAUCUCUUACAUGCAGUUUGUUCACUCGAUAGCGAAGUCUCAGUCAAAGCAGCCUGAUGGGGUAACUAAGUCAUCAAGUUCGGAAACUCCGAUAGUCGUCAAAACCUGCUGCUUCAUCUAUGGUUUUGCACGAAAUAUGACGGUCUUUGAAAUCUCCAAGAUUUUUCCUACCGUUUUCAUCCCGGGGGACUCUAUUCAUCUCUUAUCAAGCAGUCGGGCCGCCGUGAUUGAUUUUAUUAACGAGGAUAGCUGCAAGUCAGCUCUGCGCGAUUUCUCGGCUGCUGAAAAUGAUCUUAAGAAAGUGCACAGAAACCUCUGCAUGCGUGCCAUAUCCAAGGUAGAAUUUGAGCAAAAACUGCAGGAGGUUGAGAACCAAACGAAGUCGCAAACCAAUGACAGUGAUCGUGCUGGGUCCAGGUCGGCUGGGCCUCGUUACCACCCUCCACAAUCACCCCUUUCUGGGCCACCUAGGGGGGCGCAUCCUAGACCGCCCUUCCCACCGCCUGGUCCACCGCCGCCUCCGCAUUUCCGUCGGCCCGGUCCCCCGGUGUCGGUACACAUCUCUAAUCUCCCACCCAACUGCCCUCCAAACGCGGUACUAGACGUCUUUCGGCCAUUCCGUCCCCUCCCGGGUUCGCUUCGUUUUCGUCGUGAUCACAGGGGCAAUCAGAUGGGAGAGGCGCUCAUAUCAUUCGGUUGCUUUGGGGAUGCAGAGCGAGCGGCACAUGAAACGAACAUGUUCCGGCUCUUCAACAAAAGCCUCUCUGUUCGUAUCCAUCAACAGUAG